GAAUAAAAUAAAAAGCUCGGGAGCCAGUGGAGAGCUGCUAGUUUUGAUUUCGGUUACGGGACGGUAGGAGCUCGAAAUGACCUCGACGACGACGGCUGCGAUCUUUCUGUUCCUCGCCUCUGGCAUCGUUUGCCUCGCGAAACCUGCGGCGUACGAAGGGCUCGCUGAUGCAGUGUACCAACCGCUGAAACUGCGUGCGAAAAGGGACUCGACACUCUGCCCAGAGAGGUACGGGCGAUUUCCACAUCCGACGCAAUGCGACGCGUAUGUAGAAUGCGAGGACGGCGUGCCUGAGCAAAAGCUGUGUCCCGAUGGGCUCCUGUUCGACCCGACAAAGAGGUACACCUAUCCAUGCGUUUAUCCCAUAGACGCGAACUGCGAUGGGAGACCGAACAGACGUAAGUUUACGGAGAAAUAGUUAAGGAGGAUAAAAAAGAGGAGAUUUUGUUAGAAUGAAUGUUAGAGACGAUAUGAGAAUAUUUUAUUCGAUUA